CAAAAAAAAUAAUAAAUCCGUGAGCUAGAAAGGGCCACACUAACCCGCAGUAGUCCCGUUCUAUCCCGCGUCAUCCCGUUUAUAUAAAGCAAUCUCAGGGGCAGCGGAUUCUCCCAUUAUGGCAGUUAGAAUCCAAGAUGGCGGGGCUACAUCCUUUAAAUAUGGAGGAAAAUUUGGCUGUUGGAAGGUCAAGCAGUCGCUCAGAUAAAAAGUUUGACACAACAGUUGGUCAUCUAGAAGAUAUCAUAAUGGAGGAGUCUUUUCAGACUAUUGUCAAAAAUUUUAUGGAGGAACACUAUCAGCAUUUUGAGGACACAGAAGAAAACAAGUUAAUAUAUACAGACAUAUUUAAAGAAUAUGUUAAUAAAAUUGAAAAAUACAUUGAUGAACAGUUGCAUAGAAGAAUGCAGUCUUUUAACAUGGAAGAGUUCAUGAAAAAUUUACAACGGAGACCAGAGCAGAUAGACGGAGACAUUUAUGAUAUACUGAUCAGUUUUACAGAUUUCCUGGCUUUCAAACAGACAAUGCUAGAUUAUAAGGCUGAAAAGGAAGGCACGGCAAUAGACUUUAGUGACCUGAUGACAGUAAGAUCAUCUAUUGCAGGAUGUGAGUCAGAAGAACAAGAAAUGCAGAUUGACCCUGACUCACCAACACUUAACAAAGACCAGGCCAGAUAAUACAGCUCUAAUCUUCUGGUUAUUCAAAAAUAUUCACAUGUUUACUUUGAUAGUGUUGAUAGGCACAUAGCCAGGGUUUGUUAAGGGGAGAAAGGUGUGCAUUCAGAGAUAUCACAUGCAAAAAAUCUAAGAUUUGGUGAUUCUAUAGAAACUACUGUUUUUUUGGGCCCACCAAACAAUCACCCCUAGCAGAUGUGCCUGGAUCUAGAUUUAGUUUUCGUUCAUCGUGUACUGUAAAGAAGGUUACAUAAUAAGCAACCAUGCAGAAAUGUGUCCGGGCGAGGCAUGUUGGUAGUAUGUCUGCACAAUUUUUUUUUCAAGAACAUAAAAAGGUAUGCUUCUUCAUGCAGGGCUGGAAAUUGUUCAGGCCAUGUUUAUGACUGAGGUUUUCAGUCCUAUGCAGGGGCGGAUCCAGAAUUUCAAAAUGGAGGGUGGAUAAUGGCCGGAUAGAUGGCUUAUAACUGAUCCAGUGGUUCUUGGUAGGUCACUACAUAGAUCUCAAUACAUUACUUCACGCUGAAUUGGAGUUGUAGCGUCAACAAAGUCAUGCAGGCGAAGGAAAUUGGACAGUACCUCCUGACCCUCAGACAAUUAUUUUCAAACAAAGUAACUUUUUACUCAAAAAGGGGGGUGGAUAUCCACCCAAUCCACCCCCCUGUAUCCGCUCUGCUAUGACAAAAAUUUUAACAAUUUAGUUACUUGAUUUUCACCCUAUGUAUACCGUAAAAUCAAUAGGGACAAAUAAAGAGUUUGGGCUACCUGUCAGCUGCCCUGGC